UAUCUCAGGCACCCACCCAGAGCGGUGGAAAACCGUCAAGCAAAUUUAAAAUAUCGAUACUUUUGCUUGAGACAGAUGUUUUUGCAGCUCUACCGACGCGCGUCUUAAUUGCCGCCAUUUGAAAAAAAACGAAGUAAUCGGAGGAUCGAGUUUGCAAUUUGUCAGAUACAGUCGCUAGUUAUGGAGGACAUCUUGGGCGUGCUGGGCUCGCUUUCGGGGCUGCGGCUCGAGCUGGAGGCCCUGCGCAAAGCCCACUUCGUGGAGCUGGAACACCUCUUCUACGGCACCGCGAAUUCAGAGGCGGAGGCCAAGGCGGCAGACACUGCUCCGGUGGCCAAAAGCCAGGAGAACUCAUCGGUGACCCCGCAGCAGACGAAAAAGCGACCCAAACGACUCACCUCCUUGGCCGAGGAUCAUGACGAACACGAGGUUGCUCCGGACACAACGGCCAACUCCUCCACGUUCCAAACCGUUCGGGUCAGCAAUUCACAGCUGCUGGCCAUCGCCGAAGAUGAGCUUAACUCAACAGCCUCCUUGAUGCCGCCUCCGCCUGUGCCCGUCACAGCGGACACUACGCUCAACUCGGGCAGGCCUCAGCGCGCCGCUAAGCUGAAGUCGGAGAAACUGCUUAAGGAGCCCUCGCUCAUUCGGAAGAUGCGGCGGCCCAGCCAUGAGGAGACCGUCAAGAUCAAGGUGGAGAGCGAGCAGAGGGUCUCGCAGUUCAACAGCGCCACCAGCGGGCAGCCUGUCCAAAAUAAGGAGCAGCCGGAGCAGGAUUCGCAGACGGAGCCAGAAGUCCCAGCAGAAGCAGUGGAUAAGCAAAAGCCCACGGGAAGAGUUUCCGAGGAUGCCAACUCCUCGAAGACCCUGCGCGUAAAGAUCAAACGCGAGAAACUCACCAACGAAGGAUUGGUCCCUCCUGCUGACGUGACCACCACAACAAAUGUGACCACCGCCUCCUCCGCAACGAUGGAGGCUGCCCGUCCGGACGAUACAGUGGCCAGCAACACGACAAACACCACGGAGGUCACCAAGAAGGGACGCAAGAAGAAGAAGGACGUGGAAAACCAUCGACCAAUCAAGGUGGAGCGAUUUAGCGACCUGGACAAGGGCUCGCCUGUGGCGUCACGCACGCGCAAGUGCAGCACUGAGUCGCGACCAAAUCGGGAGCAAUCGAUCUACAAGGAUGCUCUGGAAGGACCGCCCGUCGCAGAGGAACCAGUUACUUCAUCUGCGCCUGCUGUACCAUCUGCAGCCAACGAAACGGUGACCAUUUCCAAUGCCACCAUGGUCAUUGGUCCAGCGCCCACGUCGGAAGACAGUCCAAAGUUGCCAGCUGGCGAUGCCACCUUCGAGGUGCACUCUACCGACAAGAAGGCGCUGCCUACUAAGCAGGACAGCCUCCUUACGGAAGACGAGUCGGUGGAGGAGAAGUUGCCGGCGUCGAAGCUGCUUUCCAGCAUCAAGUCGAUAAAGCUACCAACUCGCACCCACGAGCUCUUCAACCCCCUUCUGCAGAGUCCCGUGAAGCUGCGCGUGGAGGCUUUUGAAAAUGCGGCCAAUGCGCAAUCUAACAUGCGUCCCAAGCGAGGCAAGGAGGUGGGCACGCCAGGAUCCAACAACACUCCCAAGAUUGGAAAGCUGCCCGCUCCGACGGUGGGUCGCUUCUACACGCCCACACAGACGUGCAGCACGCUGCCGUUGAGCUCGGCGCAGCCCAAGAAGGGACCUGCGAGCGCAUCGAAGGCCGUCCCUCUGAUGAAGACAGCCACAGGGACGAACCUGAAGUCCACCCAGUCGACGUCCACCAAGACGCUCUCGCGCGAGAACAGCGGCGACGACUUCCGCAAGGGAUUGCACAACCUGGCCGAGGAGCGCAAAAAGCUGCGCGAGCAGAAGCACCAGCAGGCUGCCCAGCAGCGCGAGGCGAAGGAGCGGGAGAGGGCCGAGCGAAUGGCCAAGUUGGCAGCGGAGCGCGCCAAGAAGCAGGAGGAACGAAAGCGCAUUGAGGAGCGCAAGCGGCAGGAACUGGAGGAGCUGCAGCGCAAGAUGCGACAGCAGGAGGAGGCCGAGGCGCUCAAGAAGGCCAAGGCCAAGGAGCUGGAGCAGCAGAAGCUGCAGCAGUUGACCGGAGCCAAGCCCAAGAAGAUGCUUCCUCCGCCCCCGAAGACGAAGUACACCUGGGAGAUGCUGCACGAGGACGACUCCACCGACGACGAGGGCAAGGUCACUCACAAGCGCCCACCCGCACCCACCUGGAGUCGAAGCCAUGUAAGAGGAGAGGCGAUCGCCAUGCAGAGCCACUGCCCCACGGACAUCAUCGACAGCUUCUUCUCGGUGGCGCCCACCACGCCGGACCUGAAGCAGAUCUUCCCGAACAUCGAUCCCAGCCAGCUGAAGCGCAACUCCAGCGUGCUGUGGUCCACGCCCCCUCGCUACUCGGAGCUGCCGAAAUACUAGCCAAGUAGUCCUGUUCUUUUUACCCGUAAAUGCACAUGUUUAUGAUCGAAUAAAUAAAGUUAAUUGUGAAAUUUAAAGCGGAGUACCGCUGCCCGAUUCACUGCGACUCUGACACUAA